CUCUGUCAAACCACUUCCUUGUAAACUCAUUUGCACUGGCUACAUUAAAGCGUCAACUGUCACUCUUCUCCUAGCUGGAUCCAAUGCAGACAGAAAGCACAGAUUCGAGGAUGCCAGAGCCCCUUCCACAAGACCCUGGUAUUCCCGAAGGCCUCAAAACAAGCCCCCUAAACACCGAGGCUCUCGAGGAGUUUGCCCAAAACAUGUCAGAACACAUACUUCGAUCAGUUUUUAGCCAAAAAGAAACAGUAGAACCUGAGGAGUCCAUUUAUAACCAAGAGCACGAAAUGCUAGCUGAGUCGCUAGCAUCCGCAGUGAUUGAGAUCGCUCUGAGUGAAGUGUGUAGAGGAAGAAACUUAAAGGACCACAUGGAGGGUGCUGAAAUAGAGAUGGAGAACAACAAGGGAGAACGCCAGUCUUUUGAGGAUAAAUCUAGAAGAGACCAAGAACACCAGACUUCUACCCAGCCUUGCCAUCCACCUCUAUCCCAGUCAGGGCUUCCCGCUGUGGGAUCCCUCGACUACCCCGACGCCCCACCGACCACGCCUCUUCUCCCAGAGCUGGAGAGGAGCAGAAGCAGCUUCGCCCGUAAGCUAAAAGGAGGCCUGGCAAAGGUUUUCCUACCCUCGCCUCCUCCGCCAACGCCAAAGGACAAGGAGGACAACGGAGACGCUUUGAUCAGCGACCCUCAUGUGGAACUGAUGGAGCAUCUCAUGCAGUCGCUGUCUACAGAUGAUUUGGGGAGAGGCAGUUUCGAAGUAGCACCUCUGCAUGAACCAACUAUAGAGGCUUUUGCACAGGCUCUGUCAUGUGAUAUCACUAAGUGGGUUCUGGCUGCCCAAAAAAGAGAACAGAUGUCACAUGACAGUGAUCUUAACCUACUGGCCCAACAGCUAGCUGAAGCCAUUAUCACCUCCUCCAUUGAUGAAGCUAAAGUGCUUAUCUAGGAUUUAAAGUGAUUCAUGGAGUCAGGUAUGAUGAACAGCCUAUAUAUAUGCACAAGCUUAGUCCAUUGACUAUAUAUGUAAAAGGUGGACAUAGCCACCAUAACACAAUCGGUUUAAUUGUCUUUUGUAGCUAUCUUAGUGUUUUUAAGUCAGACACGAAAAGUGAACAACUUAUUGGUUAACAGCUUAUGAGUAACAAGUCAUUAACCAAUUAGCAUUUCCUGGUUUAUCCACCUUUCUGACUCAAAUAAUGACAACAAAUUUACAAAGGAAUUUCAUAUUCUGUACACUAUGACCUGAAACUAGCAACUGAGCCUCAAAAAGUUACCAGGUAUUCAGUGGCAUCAGAGAGUAUGGAAGUACUUCUAUAAUAGCAGAAGGCUUUUUAGAAACCAGAGUAAUCGCCCCCUGUUGGGCAUCAGAAAUCCGAAUCCUUUAUUGAUCGAGCAUAUACUUUGGUCCUACUCUAUAUCCUCCUUCGCUACAUGAUGACAUGACAAAACAUUCUGUUCUGCAGCACAGGGAGAGAAUAUGCCUGCCACUUUGAGUUCUCUAAGCCACUAAAACACUGUGGAUUGUGGACUAUUUUUAGAGUUGGUCUUUAUAUAUUAUAUAUAUUAUAUUAUAUAUAUUAUAUAUCCUUUCUGUGCAGCUUUUGACUACAAUCCUCCAUAGUCCUACCCAUUACCAAGCCAGUACUUCUCUGUUGGUCACUCUGUAGACUUAGAACCUAAUUCUAUCAUUUAUAUACAGUCUGUGGGGUCUGUUACUGUUAUUUCCUCUAAAGUAGGCAACACACAUUAUCUUACUCCAAGAUUUGGGAAUUUCAUUUGUUACAGCAGCUAAUAUGAUUAAUUUGCAUUUAAUUUUAAUAUUAUAUUAAUGCUAUUUAUUGAUGAUAACAUAUUAUUAUGAGUUCAAUUGUGUAUUCGUUUGUGUUUCUUGUUUAGAAAUGAACUUGUCGUUGAGGUUAAGGUUUCUGUAUCUUGAAAACUGCUGGAUGAUAAGUAACUGUUACAUUUCAUGAUGGAUUAAAGUACACUGGAUCUGA